UGAAAAUCCCAGAAAUUCGGAUGAAAACGAAUGCACAUGUCUAAUACAUAAUAGAUGACAUUGGAGGUCAAUGAACAAUGCACUAAAAAAUCCAAUCUUCUCAUUCCAGAUGUUACAGUAGUGGUGGGGAGAAGAGGCGAUUCAUCUGUUGUACAAUGUGGGGAUAAUCCUGGAGAUCAAAUAACGAGUGUUAUAUGGCUGAUCCAUCACAUGAAUAAUUCUCAGUGUUUAUUCUCAUAUGCUCCAUACAUCAACGGAAGACCCCAGAUAUACAACAACUGCAGUACAAGAAUGACACUCACCAAUACAACACUGACCAUCCACAACACCCAGAUCUCUGAUGGAGGAAAUUAUACCUGUGAUAUAUCUUCUCCUGCAGGAACCUUCAUCAAGACAAUUAUGUUACAAGUGUUAGCUCAGCCCUUUGUGUCUCUGGAUAUAAACAGUGCUGGAUCUCCGGAGUGUAGAGCCAUUGGUGGAUUCCCGGCUGCAGAGAUCUCCUGGAUCCCACAUUCAGAUAAUAUAAACACAUCAGAAAUUGAGGAUUUGGAUGAUACCUGGACAGUGAUCAGCACAUACAACUAUGACAGAGAUUAUGUGGCAUGCUUUGUGUCUCAUCCCACAUUUGUGAAUGUCUGGAGCCAGUUAUUAUUAUUACCAGGUAAAACCGGUGAUCAUCGGUAUAUUUCACAUCAUUGUAUCGGGAGGAUUAUUGCCUUCAUCUUCUUCAGUUGUCUUGUCAUUGGACUCUUUUUGUACAGCAGAUACAAGUCCAAGGUAGAAAGAGAAACAUAACCCAAAGCGAAACUCUGGACAAAAUAAAAAGUAUCAUACAGUAUAUGAUGUAGUCUGUCACUAAGACAUAUUUAGUUUUUUUUUGUUUUUUAAGUCCUUUCUGUAAUAUAAUUUUAUCUGUUGCUCCUGCCAGAUCUGCUAGUUUUCCCUAUUCCAAUUCCUGAGUCCUAGCCUUAUUCUUCAUGGGUAAACCCUAACCCUAACC